UGUAAAGCUUCUGCUUGAACAGGUUUUAUGGCACACCUGCUCUCAUUGCAUUGGGCAAACCAAGUCAGGCGACUGAGCCCAUUGUCUAUGGAGUAUGUCAGUAUGUACUGUCUGCAGGCUGAAGAGGAGACAAAUAAUACAAUUAGUCAACUGGGUUAAAGCAUUCAACAAAUGAAAUCCAGAGUCUUAGAAGCAUGCAGAAAGGAGCUCGUUAUUCGUGGAGGAGGUAGAUAACAAUGGAGAAUGAAGUUGUAUGGUUGAGUCUAGAGCUCAGGGUGAGAUGUAGACAGGAAACACAGACUACAAGUUGAUAAGGGCUAUGGGAACUUUCUUAUAAAAGUUAUUUUCCUGGGCCAGGGAUUUAGCUCAGUGGUUCCACCGCCGCCUCACAAGCACAAGGUUCCAAGUUCAAUCACCGGUACCAAAAAAAAAAAAGUUUUUUUUCCUAUACCAGUAGCUGGUGCAUCCCAGAAGUCGGAUUCACCCGAAUGAACUGGGAGAUUUCCAGUGCUUCAGCACUACAGGGUAGAUGACCUCUUUUAGCUUUGGUCCCAUUGGAGCACCAUGUAAGCCAGCAAGACAUCACCCAUGAGCUCAUCUCAGAUCUGUGGAAGAGGAGGCAAAUCGAACAGAAAGAAGACACCUCUGUGGCUUAUUAUCAGCACAGUUAUGGCAGAGACUGGGAAAGUGUGCCUCAGUUGGACACUUAGGAAAUAUGCCCAAUGAUAGCAAGCUUUGUGUGCACAAGCACCAGAAUUAUUGGUAGCACAUAAUAACUAGCCCAUGAACAAAGCCCACCUGGGCAAGGGCAGCAUUGGAAUUUGUCAAAGCCUUAUGGGAAAAGGGUCAUAUUGCUCCCCUUUGGGACUCUUGGCAGUGGGGGGGGGGGCAUACAAGAAUGCUAUCAUGCUUUUAAAUCUCAAAAUUGUCCAUCUGGGCACCCUAACUCUAACAUAGAUCAAGGACUCAGGUGCAGUGGUAGCAAACAGGAGAAACUGAUCCUGGCCAGGAAAGGAAUGAAUUGAAAGGAAGGUGAUUAAAUCUUAGAACCAAUGGGAAAGCUGGAGAGCAAGGCUCAGAAGAUAGGGGGGUACCAAGGCAAUGUCUGCUAUUCUUGGUAAAACCUUUUUUGUGUGUUUUUUUGGCACUGGAGAUCGAACUCAGGUCCUUACGCUUGCGGGGCAGGCGGCAGAACCACUGAGCUAAACCCCCGGGGUUGGUAAAACCUUUUUAUUGUGUUUUUUUAACACAAGAAGAUGAAUAGUUCCUAUUUCUGAAAAGAAAAAGGAGUCAAGCUGCAUUUUCUUUGUCUUUAAACCUUUAGUCUGUAGGUCAACAUUGCUCAAAUGCUUUGUUCUCAUCCUGACAGUGUUACUAAGGGAGGCACAACCCUUCUUUCCCAUGUCUAAUCCUAGCAGACACAUUUGUGCACCCCUGCUCAUUCCCUACAUGUAGAAAAGCUGCCCAUUAGUUGCCUCUAAAAGUGUCUUAAGAAAUUGGACAAUAUGUUAAAAAUGUGAAAACAAAAGGUGAAUCUCUUUAAAAAAGACUUAACUUGAAGGUGGGAAAAAAAGAUUUGUAUUAUCAUACUGAAUAAAGAGACAUCUUAGUAGUCUGAAGGCCAAGCUAUGUAGGAGAAUGAGAAAUUUGUCAAAUCCCACUUUGGGGAUGUGAAGAGUUAAGAGCUAGGGGAGCUUUAUACAGAACUUCCAAAGAUGCCUGUCUUCGGCAGUAAUUUCCCAUGACCUUUAGCAGCAAUCUUUGUUUCUCUAAAAUGGGGCUGUGGUUUCAGAUCUGCCUCUCAAAGAUGCUGGCAGGAAUAACUUACAACUAGUGGGGGAAAUUAACUUGCUUUGAAAAAAAUGAAAGUGCUAAAAUAAGAACAGCUUUGCCUUCGAGUCUGCUUUUGUUAUUCUUACAAGAACAUAGUUCAUAAUAUAUAGAAUCCUUUUCUUUACAUGGGGAUUGGGACAGGAUUUUAUUUUGUCACACGCAGGGAGGCAUUGUAUGUGUUUGGAGCUGAUUUUCCCUAGCCUGGUGAUAGGUACCUACCCCUGUGACUGAGAGGGGGGCUGCUGCUCUGAGCUGUCACUUGUCACUCCCCCUCUAGACAGCUUCCUGGUUAUUGGCCAGAAGCUGUUCUCUGCACUGGGGUCCACCUGCUAGGAAAAUAUCAUCAGAAUCACAGGCUCCUGUGUUCAUUUGUUGAUUCACUCCACAGUUUCGAGCAGCUGUAUUCUGUGAUUUUUCUGUAUGCUGAGAACACAGAGUCAACCAAAUCCUGGUCCCUGUCCUCAGAGAAAUUUUAGUUAAAAACCAAGGUUAUAUGAAAUUUCUCAAGAUCGAGGGCUGAUCUUUUGUCUGUUGCCAAACUUCGCAUGUGUUUUAAAAUAUGUUUUAUUGAAUUAAAAUUGAAUAGUCAAAGGCAGUCUUCCUGGGAAUCAGGACAAAAAAAGAUUAAGAGACUAGUUUGAUAGUCUAAGAAAGACAAUUCCUUUCUCUGCAAAUGUAGAAAUCCACCUGUGCUCUUCCAUAUGCUACUGAGUGUUUUCUUCAGUCAGGAAUUCUUUAAAAAGUUUUUCUAUUUAAAUUUAGGAGGUCUCAUCUUUACAGAUGUGCUCUAUACAGUAUGAUCUCUUAUUCCAUUUUACUGCUUUGUCUAUCUUUCGCUCUCUUUCCUAAACUGCCUUCCCAGUUUUCUGCAGCAUUUGCUUUAGCUAGUGAAACAAGAAGAUAGGGGAAGUUAGGCAGAUAGGACGCAGGUCCUGAAGAGUUAACAGGAAGUAAACUAAAAGUCAGGCUUUGGCAAGUUAAUGUACCAGAGGGUCCAAAUAAUUAACAUGGGCAAACUGACUGUCAGGCCCUAAUGGAAUGCAAAGGACAAAGAGCAGGUCCCUAAACAAAUGGAGAGGCGUUGGAGGAAGUGAAAUGCAAACGAAGCGGCUUGCUUUCUGGAAAUCAAAGGCCUACCUGCAACCACGAACAUCCCUGGUCCCAGAAACUCUAUAAAAGACCAACGGACUUCAACAUCUACAUUGUCCACUUUACGGAACCCCUCCUCAACUAGUGGGGAGCUAUUCCUUUUAUUCUUUCCAAUAAACAUCCAUUUGUCCAUUCCCCCACCACUUGCUACUUGCUGUUUUAUCAGCUUCAAUCUUCAUUACCCCAAAACAGGACCCUAGAGCUAGAAGGCUCUGGUUAAACUAGGAGAAGGAAGCACAGACGCUUUCUGCACCUCCAUAAACUUCUUAUAAGAGGUUCAAAAUUCAAGUUCCAUGAGCUGUUACCAGGCCUCCUCCCAGAGUGCUUGUAGUAUCUGUCCCUGUGUUUGCAGGACCCCGUCUCAGUGCUCCUCUCUGACUCCUAGGAACUCCUUCAGUUAAAUGCUUGAUAUUUCCCCACAUGGAGGGAAUAACACACAGUGCAAAAAUAGAAAAUAUUUCAGUAUGGCUACAGCAGGUGUGGGACCAAGUUACCAUGAAGGCUUCAUAUGCCAUGUCAAGGUAUUUGGAUUUUAUUCUGGAUGUAAUUGGGAAUCAUCAGAGGUCUCAAAGCAAGAAACUCAUGUGAUUUGAUUACAUGUGUUUUAAGAAGAACAGAAAAAAUGUGGAGAGUAGAUUGAGUUGGAAGCAGGGAGACUAUUUAGGAGGCUCUUCCAAGGCCCACAUGGUAAUGAAGACUUCAGUAAAGUGAUGGUGAAGGGCUUUAGAACCAGUCAGCCUGGGUUCGAGCCUAACUUACACCAGUUGGGCAGGGUACAUACACCCUCUGAGCAUCAGUUGCUUAAUCUAUAAAAUGAGUGUGAUAACAAUGCCUACUUUGUAGGGUUUUUGAGAGAAGUCAUUCUCUGAGAAGUGUUUAGUGCAAUCCCUGACACAUAGUCAGUGCUUUCAACUAUUGUCUAGUAGGAGGGAGUAGAAUCCUCCUUUAAGGGAGUGACAGUGGGAACAGACAAGGACCAAGUUUGAGAAAUAUUUAGACUUAGUGAUCAACUCAAUGUGGCCAGGGACAGAGAGGAAAUCAUAAAGGCUGGGGUUUCUAUGUGGGGCAGUAGGGUAAGUGAUAUACGGGCAAAAGAGCUAGGGAUAGAGAGAGGAUGGGUUUACAGGCAAGAGUUGGGGCAAGAAAAGAAGAGAUGUGAUGAGGUUUACAGAGGUAAUAUGAAGUAUUUGUUAAAUAUAUAGAUAGGGCCUAAGACAGUUGAGGAUCUGAGAUAGAAUUGGGAGUUAGAAUCAUGGGACUGAGUAAUAUUUCUUACAUUAAAUGCCCAACUCAGAACAACAAAGAGGUUGAAAAUUUGAAAUUUAUUUAUCUGGCAUUCAAAGUUAUAGUUUUAUAUUCUUAUAAGCCUGUAUAGAUUCCAAUUUAAGAAGUACUAGAUUUUUGGCAUCGGAUAAGUAAGUAGUGGAAUAGAAAAACAAAAAUAAUUUGAAAAGAAAAGAAAACCUAAGAGGUAGGAUCCUAACUCAAGAUACUAACUUAGUUCCAGGGCAGAUCUCUUGGGAAUGGGAGCCAGAGGGAAGGUGUCCCCAGUCCAAAUGGAGAACUGAUCAUCCUUGCCCCCACCCCAAUUAGCACUCAUCUCUGAAGCGCCUGAUCUGUAGGGUAGGAGUGGUGGUCUCAUGAGAAGUACUUUUGAAGGUUCAGAUUUGGAUCAGCCACGUGUGAAGGAUGUAGGAAACAAUACCCACCCUUUAGGAGAAGGAGCUGUUAUCAGGGCCCUAGAAAGCAGGCUAGAGUUCAGGACCAGGCUUUGGUCCCAUGGGAGCAACUGGAUUGGAAAUCAGAACACCAUUGUAGAAGCACAGAUUCAUAUAAGGUCAAUAAUGCUGAGGGAAAGAGAUGCUGCUCAGUGGGCACAGGGAACCCAGUCUCUCACCUGGGAUUCAGGGUUAGGGUCAGAAGAGCAAUGCUAGAUCCCAUCCUCCUGUGCGAAUGGGGGUCCUGGUAAGCUUGGUCAGGGCAGACUUGGGAAAUGGGUGGUUUUCAUCUUAAACUUUGAAACCUAUAGAGCUGAGACAGUGAUUCACAUUUUUAGCUUUAAAUCUUCACUCUGGUCUCAAAGAUCCAAUCAGCUGAUACUUACUUGGAAUUCCUCACCCUACCCUCUCCAGCUCUCCAGGUCUCUCCUUUGUGUAGAGUCCUGUUGCACCUGCACGUGUGUUCUUGCCUGUGCAUGUACACACAGACACUCACACAGGGUUACUCUCCAUUUUGGCCUUUUAGGAGGUUCACAAGCAGUGUGCAUGGUGAGCACACUCAGACACCGCCACUGUUGAGCCCCCAUUGUAAACUCUAGAAUCCUGCGCAGCUUCUGCCCAUUCUGCCCUGCUCAGACUCAGCAUCUCACACCUGGAUAUCUGUGCUUGCCUAGGCCUGGGUUCCCAGCUUCACUGAAGUUGACAGACUGUUCUGUUUAGCUGUAGCAAAAGCAGCAGCGGCAGCUGCAUUUAUUGAGCCCUUAGUAUGUAUCAAGUAUUGUCCUAAGCAUUUAGAAUAAAAUGUCGUUUAACCCUCAAACAGCUCCAACUCCAUAAGGCAGGUACUGUUAUUCUGUUUUUACUCAUGAGGAAACUGAGUUGAGUAAUUUGCCUGAGGUCAUGUAGCUAGGAAGAGGUAGAGCCUAGGUUCAAAUUUAAAUCUUCAAUAUCUGUCUGUAACUGUCAUGCUUUAUAAAAGCAAACUUUUGGGCCGGGGAUGUAGCUCAGUGGUUCUGGCGCCCGCCUCGCAAGCGGAAGGACCUGAGUUCGAUCCCCGGUACCAAAAAAAAAAAGCAAACUUUUCUGAGAAUGUGUUUCUUAUCCUUUAGAGCAUGAGCUUAUGUCAUGGAAGACGCUAAGACUUGACGAGCCUCUGUUAAUAAUCAAUGAAGAGAGUCCAAUAGUUUGCUUGCUCAAAUGACUAAUCUCUUUAACAGAGAACCUACCUGGGGAGGAGGCUAAUACUAUUAAUCAUCUAAUGAACAAAACCUGAAACUUAACUCUCUCAAAAAAAUAAAUAAAUAAAUAAAUAAUAAAUAAGAUUUUAAAAUUGCACAACACUUUUGUGUAGCACCUGUCUCACUUGAUUUUAGGUUUUAUUUAUCCUAGGAAGUAUAGGUACUGUAAUUUCCCUAGUAGAACUUCUUUUGUGAGUAGAGAAAAAGGACAGUGUGGUCAAGUACACAGUGUGUCCUGGCUACAAUGAUUUGCUAUCCAAGCUCAACCUGCUAAUUGAGGUUAUCUCACCUCUCUGGUCCAUUUUUUUUAUCACCUGAAAAAUUCAGGUGUGAAUAAGGACUUGAAGAAUUACAAGUUAGAAGUUAGUGUAAAUAAAUGAACGCAAUAGAAUCUAAGGUGAAACUAUAAAAAAAUUUGUUUCCUAAUCCAGCUGUGUGAGUCAGGGAGCACAAAAUCACCCACAAAAACAUUUGGAGUGGUGAGGAGAAGCAUAGGAAUAGAGCUUCCAGAUGGAACUAUCUGCCCUGUGAUGGAGUUAAUCAACAUAGUGUAGCUAUAAUCAAGACCUGGUAGUGGUGGACCGUCACUGGGAUUCAGGAGCUUCUGGAUGGGAAGGAGGGGAAGGCAGGAAAGGCAAGGGAAGGUAAGUAUUUGAGAUCUGCUCUUUACCUGUCACAGGGUCCCCUUAUUGAGUCAACUCUGACAGCAGCUAAUGAGACACUGUUUAUUAAUGACCCUUGGAAUAGUAAUUAUAAUGCUCAUUUUAUUGGUGAGGAAAAUGAGUCUCAGACUGCUUCAUAGACUUCAUUAAGACUCCACCACUAGUAUAUUGCCAGAUGAUAUUCAAAUCCCUGCCUAUUUGGUGCCAAUGCUAUUUUACUAUACUGUGCUAUCUAUGACUCAUUUAACUAGUUUCCUCUGCAGAGUUCUAGAAAUUCUCAUAUUAAUAGUAAUCACUUGCUCAUUCAUUCCUUUAUUUAUGCAUAGGUAGCUAUUAAGCGGUACAUGGAAGGUUUAAAACAUUUUGAGAUUUGAAACAUCUCAAAUACUCUGAUGUGUUCACUUCCAAAUUCCACAGAACUCUGAAACCUUUUUCUCCUAACAGAAAUUAGAAAUUAGGUUUUCAUUUUGCUUUUCAUUGAAGAGACACUGACUGAAAAUUAGAAGGCAAGAGGAGUAUGAUGUCUUGCCUGUGUCUAGGGAGCUUGAGUAAAGAGGCAUAUUCCUAAGUAAAUGUGUUGGAGCUGCAAGAGUGAGUUUGCUUUGUAGGAUGUUAUUGUGCACAUAGGACAGGGGACAUCUAGUGGGAAGCAAUUCUGUCUUGCAUGUCCCAAGUUCUAGGGUGACCCUGUCACCCUGAUCUACCUGAAGCUGGCUUGGUAGCCUCCUGCAUUCAAUUCAAAACUUUUUUUUUUAUGUUUUCAUAACCUUUUUUUCUGCCUGUCAUCACAAUUCUACUUCUGCUUCUAACAGAAGUUUCUAAAGUAGAAAGUCUUGACUCUCCUAUUCAACUAAGGAAGUAUGUUCUCAUUGCUUGGAAUUUCUAGAUCCAAUCAUUGAGUUCAUAUAGACCAUUGGUCCCUCACACAUACCCCUGAUCUUUCAUUCACUGAAAUUUUUCCUUUCGUUUUUGGUCACCAAGCCUCAGGUUGGAUCUUUGCACCACUUAAACUUCUCAUCUGCUUUUGAGAUCCUUUUUUUUCUUUUCUAUUACCCUUCAAAGCUUUUGAACUCAGUCUUCUGCUUUUGAUCUGAAAUCCCUGAUUUCUCUCAGACUUCAUUUCUCUUUUAUCUCUGUCCUCUUUACUUGGUCACCAGCUGGAAGGGAAGUCACUUCUAGAAGUCAUACUUCUUUGUUUCAUUGUCAUUAUUCAUCAAAUUUUUGUUGAGUACCCACGGGCUUUAUAAACCAGAGCAGCAAGAUAAGACGUACUUCUUGUAUGAAAAAUAAAUAAACACAGGCAAAAUUAUUACAGUAAAUGUCUACAAGAGGACACUAGAGGUAGUGAUGGGCGAGAGGAGGAAAUGAUGGACUGAUUGGUUAUAGCAGGCUUUAUGAGAAGGACCCUUUCAACUGGGUUUUGAAAGGUAAAAAAGUUUCCAAGGGGAAAAGUGAGGAAAAGCAUUACAGAAACAGGAAACAGCAUGUGCAAAUCCUGGAGGUGUGCAAUAAUAAUAAUAACUUGGGGAAACUGAUGCUAUUUGAUGCUAUUUAAUAUUUUUGGAGCUUGGGCUCAAAUAGAGGUGUUUCAAAGAGGUGGGAUGAAGGCAUAAGGGGAACUAAAUGAUGGAGCACUUCAGAUGCCUUGCCAAGAAUUUGGGUCUUAUCCUGAGAGGCAUGCAGGAUGAGUGAAGAGUUUUAAGAAAGAGAGCCAGAACAGUGAGAUUUAGAAAGAUUAUCUGAACUAUAGCAAGGAGAAUGUACUGUAUGCUGAUGGACUGAGUGUGAGGAGAUCAGACAAAGGAGUAUUGUAAUAUAAGUAAGAAAGAAAGAGGACCUAAACAAAAGCCAUAGGAGUGGAGUUAAGGAGGAGAGAAGAAAAUAUUAAAGAGAUCAAUUUGACUUUACUUAAUAACUAGUUAAAUACAGGGGUCAGUGUAGGUUUCUGGACAAGGCAGCCAAAUGGAUAUUGAUGCCAUUAGUUAUAAUGCCAUUAGUUAUGAUGAACAGGUCAAGGAAGUGAGGAGGAAAGGUGUGACCACGUGGUGGGAGAUGAGGUUCAGGAUGCAGAUACUGCUUGGACAUGUUUCUUUUGUCUUGCAGCCAUGGUUGAAGCCCUUCAGGUCACAGUGCCUGACAAGAAGAAAGUGGCUAUGCUCUUCCAGCCCACUGUACUUCGCUGCCACUUCUCCACAUCCUCACAUCAGCCUGCGGUCGUGCAGUGGAAGUUCAAGUCCUACUGCCAGGACCGCAUGGGGGAGUCCCUGGGCAUGUCCUCCACCCGAAUCCAAUCUCUCAGCAAGAGAAACCUGGAGUGGGACCCAUACUUGGAUUGUUUAGACAGCAGGAGGACCGUUCGGGUAGUGGCUUCAAAACAGGGCUCCACCGUUACCCUGGGAGAUUUCUACAGGGGCAGAGAGAUCACGAUUGUUCAAGAUGCAGAUCUUCAAAUUGGAAAACUCAUGUGGGGAGACAGUGGACUCUAUUUCUGCAUCAUCACCACCCCUGAUGACCUGGAAGGCAAAAACGAGGACUCGGUGGAACUGCUGGUGUUGGGCAGGACAGGGCUGCUUGCUGAUCUCUUGCCCAGUUUUGCUGUGGAGAUUAUGCCAGAGUGGGUGUUUGUCGGCCUGGUGCUCCUGGGAGUCUUCCUCUUCUUCGUCCUUGUGGGGAUCUGCUGGUGCCAGUGUUGCCCUCACAGCUGCUGCUGCUACGUCCGUUGCCCAUGCUGCCCAGACUCCUGUUGCUGCCCGCAGGCCUUGUAUGAAGCAGGGAAGGCAGCCAAGGCCGGGUACCCUCCCUCUGUCUCCGGUGUCCCUGGCCCUUACUCCAUCCCCUCUGUCCCUUUGGGAGGAGCCCCCUCAUCUGGCAUGCUGAUGGACAAGCCACAUCCACCUCCCUUGGCACCAAGUGACUCCACUGGAGGAAGCCACAGUGUUCGCAAAGGCUACCGGAUCCAAGCUGACAAAGAGAGAGACUCCAUGAAGGUCCUGUACUAUGUCGAGAAGGAGCUGGCUCAGUUUGAUCCGGCCAGAAGGAUGAGAGGCAGAUAUAACAACCCCAUCUCGGAACUCAGCUCCCUGCAUGAGGAGGACAGCAAUUUCUGCCAGUCGUACCAUCAGAUGCGAAGCAAGCCAUUCCCUGUGUCUGGGGACUUGGAGAGCAAUCCUGACUACUGGUCAGGUGUUAUGGGAGGCAGCAGCGGGACGAGCCGCGGUCCCUCAGCCGUGGAAUAUAACAAAGAGGACCGGGAAAGCUUCCGGCACAGCCAGCAGCGCUGCAAGUCGGAGAUGCUGUCCAGGAAGAGCUUCGCCGGGGGCGUGCCGGCAGUAUCCAUGGACGAGCUGGCGGCCUUCGCGGACUCCUACGGGCCGCGUCCCCGCCGCGCCGACGGCAGCAGCCUGGAGCCCCGGGCCGGGAGCCGCUUCGAGCGCGCGGAGUCGCGCGCGCACGGGGGCUUCUACGCGGACGGCGCGCUCGAGUUCUUCGCGCCCGGGGACGCGCGCGCGCCGCUGCCGCGCCUGGUGAGCCGCACCCCGAGCAACGCGCCGGAGCCGGGCCUCGCCUUCCAGGGCGGUAGCCUGGAGACACCGGCCAAGCGCGGCGCGCGGCUCGGCCCGCGCAGCGCCUCCUACUACGCCUGGUCGCCGCCCGCGCCCGACGAGGAGGACGUGCCCGACGACGCGCUGCCGCCCUACAGCGAGCGCGAGCUCAGCCGCGGCCCGUCCUACCGCGCGCGUGACCCGCCCUACUGCAGCAACUCUGAGAGGCGCAGGAAGAAGGAUCCCGCCAAGAAGACGAAUGACUUUCCAACCAGGAUGUCCCUUGUGGUCUGAUGUUUUUGAGAAAUCUCUCCGGAUAAUCAGAAAUCAGAUGCAGACUGCAGGGACAAGACACAAACCCAAGAGCCAGCAGGCCAGGACUUUCUUUGGCCACCACCUUGGAAGAUUUGCUGAUCUCUUCUUUGGCAAGGGAUAGAAGGCCGCCUCGAAGGGAGGCUGAUUACAAACCUCAUUGCUCAUUUAACUAGUUUGAGAAACUUACCACAAAAAUGACAUGUGAGAACGUCCCGCCCACAGUUUAUGCUGUCCAGCCUCCUUCCUUAGCAGAACUGAGGUUUUGCUUCCAGUCCUGAAAGAGUUAACUCUGGACCACUAAUCCCUGGAAAUCGUCUAUGCCUACAGUAUGUCUGUGCGAUGCUUAGAGACAGAAGAAUUCAUUUCUUCGAUUAGAUGAAGGCCUGCUGCUGACAGGGGAAGAGCACUUCAAGGCAGCAUACACCUUUUAUCCCCAUCACUUCCCGGUCUCUAGUCAGUGAGUGUUGUUACACUAAAGUCAGAAAGCCUUUGGUGCAUUCAGUGAUAGCGACCUUCUGGACAAUCACAGAAAAGACUUCAGUCUGCUGUUCUGAAUUGCAGCUCUUGAGUGGCUGGGACAAAACGAGAAUAUACCAUUUUGAGAAGCGGUCUAAACAGUAUUCCUUUUCUGUUCUGAGGAUGUAAACUGCUUUUCCCUUCCUGCAAUACAUGUCAACAUCUGAGUCUUGAACCGUAAGGGCUCUUUUUUUCCUUUCCUCUCCUCUCCGGGACUUCCUCCUGGUUGGUGCCAUGCACAGAGCCCACCUCCAUCUGCACUCUGAUUAGUUUGUCAUCAGGUGCCUUUUGAUAAAUGCUUAAAAUACAACACAUGAAAGAGAAGUGAUUAAAAGAGAAGAGAACGCAGUAAUGCAAGAUAGAAAAGAAUGACAGUAAUGUAAGAGGAAAAUACUAUAUGGUUCCAUUAUAUUUGAAAUGUGGGUCAUUUUCCCUACAAAUGCCACUCAGUCUUUUCUGAUUUUGUACCUCGUUGACCAUAAAUUGUCUGCCAUCCUGGUUCUGCCAUUGCAGGACACUAGAGAUGAGAAGCCUGCAUCUCUUGGCCUUGCUGGAAGGCUUUGGGGAGACAAAAAGGAUAUUGCUUUCUUGGAAGGAGUACUUCCUAUUCCUACCCUUGCCUAAAUGGUAGGUUCUGCCUGUGUCCCAAAGAUAGACCUCUCUGGGUUUUGUAAUUUGUGUGGAUUACAAAAAUGGCCAUGAACUCUUCCCUCCUCAUUAAGAGGUGCAGUUUUUCCCUCACCUUUUGAACCAGGAGACAUCCGUGUGAUUUGAUGUAGCCAAAUGGCCCAAUAGCAAAUGUGGCACAAACAGAGACUUGAAAAGUUCUUGUGCAUGGGGUUUGUCCUCUCUUGCUGCUCUUGGGAACCUUGCAGCCACCACCUGAUGAAUGAGUCUGAACUAUCCUGCUGCAUGAUGAGAGAAAAGGGCCUUGUUACCCCUGUCACCCUGUCUGACAGUUUGUCAACCCACAGCUGAUUGUAGACAUGUGAGAGUCCAGCCAAGAUCAACAGAAAAACUGCCUAGCUGAGCCCAGCCCAAACUGCUGAUUCCUACUCGAGGCAUGGAUGCCAGUGUUCUCUUCUUGUCAGAAUGUUCAGCCCUGAAUCUCUUACUCCAUCCAGCCUUAGGCGUCUUCCAGCCUCCACUUUCUCUGACAGACUUUUUAUUUGAUCUUUUUACCCUACACUAUUAUGAUGGGACACAUUGUUGGGUGUGGGACACCCUCCCCCUCACUGGACGGGAAGGAUGAACUUGGUAUCCCCUAACCCAGCAAGGGUCCGUUCCCUAUCUUUGGAUCCAUGGACAAACUGAAUGUUGAUUAGCAUCUCCCAGGUCUUCUCCAGAGCCAUCGGUCCAGACCUCCAAACUUACCACUCCAUUAGCAUCCAUUGUACUUCUUGGUGUUUCCAAAAAGUCCUAUGUGUGCUGGGUCACAAAGUAGUGGCUGGGUGAGGGUCAGAGGGAAGAGCUGGUAUAGUUGCUCGGAGAAUUGGCCUACAAAAGGCCUUCAUAAUUGCUUUGGCCUGUCCUCCAGGAACCAGAAGUACAGUUCAGCCCAGUGCUGGCACUUCCAAGGGCUGGAAGACACAAGCCAUAACCCUGGUGCUGAGUUUUAGACAUGCUGGUGUCCCUGUCCUCAAAGAGUUGGUCUAUUUGGGCCCCAAUUCACAUGGAAAAUAGGAUAGACUCAUAAUUUCUUAGUCACCAGCUUUGGGUUUCAACUUGCUCAGGCAAUUUUGGAGACUAUUGGUUAGCUGCAGUAGCUAUCAUUGCUUUAUACUGAGCACUGUGUCCGGUUUCUCACCACCAAAGAGCCCCGUAGCACCAGCUGCAGAGACCAAAUAUAUUGCUUUUUAAAGUCGGGGGCAUGUAUCAUUUUGGUGAAGGUUGAGAACAAUGGGAAGAAUUGUUAAUAUUGGAAACUUGUAAUUCCUAAGACUGUGAGAGUGUAGACAGACAAUAAACAAAACAAAACAAAAACACAGAGAAGGUGGUAAGCUAUUAAAAUAACCUGGGGUGGGACCACCUUGUUUUCUGUAAGGCUGGAUGAAUCAGACUUCCAUUGCUUUAGUAGAUAGAAAAAGCAGUUUUUUCUGGGUGUGUGGACAGGAUAUAAGACUGCAGAGACAAGGCAAAACUGACUAUCCUCAACACCCUGGCUUUUUUCUACACAUCACUUUGCUCCUUCUUCCCCAAGUAGUGUGUCCUACUUAGGAAGAGCCUAUUCCGCCUAACUUCCUUUGUAGGUUUUAUUGGGGUAUAAAAUAAGUCUUGUGUAAGUCAUGGUCUCUGUCCAUUGGGAUCCUGGGGAAGUAAGACAUGCCCAAGAAAGAACUAGCAGAUUCUUACACAUAUGAUAGGAAAUCGUGCUAUGGAUCAAUUACAAUAUACCCAGAGAUUUAAAGAUUUUUAAAUUUAAAUGGGAAUAUUUUAAUAUUUAAGUGUUGCAUGUUUGUCCAUCCAUCUCACUUAAAGAUGUGAUCAGUUAUCUGAGAAACCAAUCUACAGAAGUCCCAGCUGAAAAGAGGUGAAUCAGGUUGGGGAAGGGUGAGUGGCAGGGGGCCUGGAGGGAUAAUGAGGAACUGCUGUUUGCCUGUGAGUCACAGCUGAGUCAGGGGCGAGCUGGAGGAGGGAGUGUGGAAGCAGGUGGUAGGAGCUGUCCCUUGGUGGUGAACUGCUUUUCUAGGCCAUGCAUAGAGUCAUUAGGAAGCUGGGGACAAUCACCAUGGGCCUGGCAGUGGUGUCUGCUCCCCAGGCCCCAGCAGGCUCCCAGAACUGAGCACAUGUAGGUGCUCAGUUCUGCAGUUAGGGGUGCUGCUGCCCACCUCCGUUAAUGCAGGCAGCUUUCACAGAGGUGUUGGGGCUCAUGUUUCCCUUCUCACGGUCCUCCCUCUGCACCUGGCACGGGAUGGGUGCCUAGGAUGGGAAGGGCUGCCACCCAAACCCGAAGCACAGAGCCACUUUUGUAUAUAUUCUAAUAGUCCGAAUACUCCAUACAAUACUCCAUGUUUUUUUCUUAGGCAGCCUUUGAGAGAGACUGAAGUAGCAUUGUAAUUCACCCCUGUGCUUUUUAAAUGGAGAAACCAUCAUUCCCGUUAGUAAAGUCAUAUAUUAGAUCUUUAGACUCCCAGAUUACAGCUCUUGCUGAAUCAGUGUUUCCCCAGAUAGCCUAGCCAUAAGAAUUAUUUGACUCCUAUUGUUAAAAAAAGAAGAACUAUUGAUAAUUGGGAGGCUGAAGUAGGAGGACCGAAAGUUUGAGGCCAGCGUGGUCAACUUAUUGAGACCCUGUCUCCAAAAACAAAAAGAGCUGGAGAUGUUGAUCAGCGGUGGAGCAUUUGCCUAGUGUGUAUGAGGCCCUGGGUUCAAUCCUCAGUACAGUGUCACCAAAAAGAAAUAAAAUAUGUAGUGUCAUUGAGCUCUGCCUUGAGCAGGUGUGGAGACAAGAUCUGUGUUUUGAACCUGAAUUUUAGGAGAGUCCUGUGGUCAGAUGCAUUUGGAAAGAGUCACACAGCUGACUCUUUCUUCGGCUGUGGAAUCUUCAGAUGUCCUGGAGAGUUCCCUCCCACUGCCUGAGGCUGGCAACAGUGUUUUCCCCAGCAGUUUGGCCUUGACCCUGGGAACUGGCAGACCAGAGCCAGUAGAGGGAAAACUUGAAGCAGAGAGGAAGGAGUUGGGAGCCUGCCACAGGAGCCUGCACUAGAUGUUUCCAUUUCCAGAACAGUGAUCUGCUAUGACAAUCUCAGAUCAAACAACAAGAAUUACAGGUAAUUGUCUCAUUCCCUUGAUGCCAUUCUGAGCAAAACUUAGAUCAUGAAUAAAAAGAAAGGAGGUCAUUGGGGAAAUGGCAAAUGUAAAUCCUUUUUUAAAGCAUAUAAAUUAUCAGCCUUGGGAGUCAACACUCUUAGACCCAAAGUGACAUGGGAAAGAAUAAUAAAAUCUAUAUUAUAACUCCUUCCAAGAUCACAUUUAAACGCUAUCAGAAUCUUACAGACAUUUGAGUUAUAGGAUGUAGAAAUCCAAAUUCACUAAAAUAGUGGCCCAGGUACUUAAGGUCCUAGAAGUGCCUAGUCUUUUCCUACAGCGAUCCUUCCUACCCCCUAGUCACCUGAGAAACUGGUCAAUGAAGCUCAAAGCCUUGAAGAUCAGAAUGGAGAAAAGAUACUGCUGAGCUGCUUUAAGUAGCAGCCUGAGCUUCAGCACUGCCUGACAGUGAUGGGGUCAGUACUAAUGAUGUUUGUAGGGUUUCUAUGACGUGUUACUGUUUGCCACCUUCACAUGCAUUAUAUCAUUUGACGCUCACAUCAAGGCCUGUGAUCAAAUCAUACAGAAUGUAAAACUGAGGUUGGAAAAGCUCAGUGGUUUCCCUAUGGUUAAGUGGCUUUUAAAAUCAAUAGAGCCAGGCUUUCUCGACUGUUCAGGGUUCUUUGCAAUUCCUACAAAAUCUGAGGGCUGGAAGUCUGGAUUAUUCUCUUACAGUGCAAUGUGUGGUAAGAAGACUCCUGAAUUCAGCUCUAGUUCACAGAUCAUCACUUGGGUGAAGCAACAAAGACACAUACCAUAGCUGCUUUGUCCAAUUAAGCGCCUUUCCUCAAAGGCCAUCUUCCAGGAGCUUCCAUGUGCAGUAGCCAUGCUGUGAGGGGCUUUGAGAAAUAUGUACUUUGGCACUAGGAAUCCUUGAAGGCAACUUUCUGAGCCAAACUACAGAUUCAUCUGGACCCAGAAUUCUGGCAUUGGAUCAGGAGCUGCUUGGGAAGAAAAUACCUUAUCAUCUUCAUUACAUUUCAAGGCUUUAGGUAGAACUCAGAAGGGCCAGAUCUAGAGGGAGGCAAGAAAGGCAGGGACGAGAAAAUUUGGAGUUUAACUAAAAUUUUGGUAGUUUCUUAGUGGGGCUAGGUGGAUAUGACGCGAAUGUGGUCUGACCCAUUUUUUCUGGGAAAGCUGACAAACUGCUUCUUUCUUACCUUGGCUAUAAAAAAAGCCAUUUUAUUUACAAAAAUGUUAGACACUACCCCAUGAGAAAUUUCCUUGUGUGAGUAAAGAACAAGAGAAUAGAAGAAGCAAUGGGACUAAGAGGGGCAGAAGUUGGCUUCGUGAGAAUCACCUGCCCAGUUUGUUUUGUGCCUUGUCUGUGACAUCAAAACUGAAAUGUUUAUAUCACUGUCUCCCAUGAAUUUUUUUUCCUAUGUCAGACAUACAAAGUGAAUUUGGUUGUGAUGUUUUAAACUAAAUAAAAGCAUUUUCAUCUA